AUGAGUGACAGUUUGGAGACGACCACAGACACCAGCGCCCUGUCUGCUGCUUCAGGGGCCGAGAAUGAUGUGAUUGGGGAUGAACGGGAAACGUCUGACUUGUGCUGGGAGGAUGCUGGUCUGCCUGUGGAGCUCCAGAAAGGAAUGGAUAAUCUCCGGCUGAACAGAGAGCUGACCGACGUUGUGCUGAGUGUGCAAGGAGAGGACUUCCCCUGCCAUAGAGCCAUCCUCGCAGCUGCCAGCCACUACUUUAGGGCCAUGUUCUGCAGCGGUCUGAGGGAGAGCCACGAGGAGAGGGUGGAGAUGAAAGGACUAGACAGUGAGACCAUGAGGAUUCUACUGGACUAUACGUACACAGGCCGCGCUCUGCUCACAGAAACUAAUGUUCAGAGGAUAGUUGAAGCGGCCAGCCAGUUUCAGUUCCUGCGUGUGAGGGCGGAGCCAUGA